AGCUGACCCUAAUAUUUCCCGUGUUUUAUUUUGGUCAUUAUUAUUACACUUAUUGUUGAUAUGUGUGUGAUAGGUGAGUCUGUCAGAUAUUUAUAGCAAUAAUUAUAUAAUUAUAGUAAUAAAUCGUGUCCCGUAUUGGACAACAACCAGCUGUCAUAGUAGCCUAGCUUAAGCUAACCUGAAUAUUUACAACUCUCUUGUUGAUACACUGACAUUACUUACCUUCUGUCUUUCAACCACUUUGAAAAGAAGUAUCCUUCCCCCUCUUCCGUUUUGUGCCCCGGAGUUUUUUCUGCGCCUCAUCUUUAGCUCCCUGUUGUCGAAGCAUUAAGAAAAACAAAACGCACCUCGGGCGUUCUGGAAAGGCCGCUGCCCAAACUAUUUGUAUGGGAGGGGAGAGCGGCUAGCAGGAGGGGAGGGGCGCCUAAUCAUUGCUGUUCCUCUGUUAUUGAUCAUUUCAUACAUAAACAGCUAUGAAGUACAUAAAAUGCUGACUGGAAAAAAAAUUUCCCACAUCGUUUUUGCGCCCCCUCUAGUCCAGCGCCCCCAUGCGUUGCAUACGCUGCAUAGCCACUUUUGGACACAAUGGAGGAAGUUGAGCCAGGGGACUCUGGGUCAGGCUCUACAACUGGCAGCCCUUUGGGGGUUCUCUGGCAGUAUGGGGUAGCAGGCCCUUUGAUACAGGCUGUUGGGUCCCUGCAUGUCCCUGUUUGAUCUAUGAUCCUACCUUUAACUAUGGUCACGAACUUUGGGUCAUGAUCAAAAGAAGGUGGUUGCGGAAACAAGCGGCUGAAAUGACUUUCCUCCAUUGGGUGUCUGGGCUCUCCCUUCGAGGGAGAAUCUCGGUCAUCCAGGAGGGACUCAGAGUAGAGCUGCUGCUCCUUUAUGUCGACAGGAGCCAGUUGAGGUGACUCUGGUCAGGAACCAAUUCCUUAAACUUUCUUUGUUAAAGAGAAGUUAAUAAAUCAAACCAAACACCUGCUGAGAACGUCCAUCAAUCUGGAAGAAGAGGAAAAUAAAGAGACGUUCAGACAGCAGAAAGAGAAGACUUCACUGUGAGGAAUCCUUUUUCUGAGAGAAAAUAUUAAACAUCAGUCACAAGAUACAAAUUGGCACUAUUAAAUGUUUCCUGUUAAAAGUUAAAGAAAGCAUCAGAGUCAUGUAAUUAGGAUCCUGAAUCAUUGCAUCAACAACCAGAGCCAAAGUUAGAGAUGGAAACCUUCAGCAGGUGGAGUCGAACAGGAAGAGCUGCAGACGGAAACCUGCAGGUUGUUGGACCAGAGAGACGAUUUGUUGGCUGAACCGCCGACGCUUCGUCUUUAUACCUUCAGUCUGAAGCUGCUGGAGGCUGGAAACGCCCCAGAGCUUUGUUUCACCUCAGAUUGUAAAAAACAAAGAACAAUAAGUGGACAUUGUAAUGUGUUCAUUGUUAACCAAUGACAUCUUAGGAUUUUUCCUUAUUUCCAUUUGCUUGAUUCUCUUCUUGUGUCAAAUUAACUGAAAUCAGACUGAAGCCAGUAGGAAGAUGAUUUCUCUCUGUCUUUUUUCUGUUCUUUAUCACAAAAUCUGAAACUUUAAAGUGACCUGGAUGGUUAAACAGCGAUAAGUUUAAACCAUCACAAGCUCUGAAAACAUCUGUUUGCAUGUCAGAUGUUGUACAUUUUCUGCAGUUCUCAUUUUAAACAGCAGGGGGCGCUUUCAGAAAGCCGGCUUAACAAACUCUGAGUCGAAGGAAGUCGCUCUGAAUUAACCCACGCAGCUCUGCGAUACUCGGGAUCUUCAGUUUCACAAUAUCAACCAGGUAAGUCAACUCUGAGUCAACCUGAGUUAAGACCUGAUCAAUGGAGCGAUUCGCCAUGGCAACAGGGGGAACAAAUAAGCCUGAAAUCCACAUUUCUCACCACUGGAGUUAGAAAUUUUAAUGAUGACAUCAGGAGAAUAUCAAAACAUAUUUAAUCAGGAAAAAAACAUACAAACAGCAGCAAUACUAUUGCUGCUACAAAAUAACCAGUUAAUUUCCAUAAUUUCUUUCCAGAAAAUUUCUGAGAUUAAUAGCAGAAUUUUUGGUGGAAAUUUACUCUUCCCUUUUUUAUAUCUAAAAUGGCUCUAAUGCACCAGCACACAGAAUAAAUUAGACAUCGAAUUGUCUUAAACGUGCUACGGAGAAAAUUGUCUUUCCUUUAUUAAAGUUACAGAAACAUAAAAUGGUUUCAUCCCACAAUGUUGCGUUGCUCUGGGAAUAAAUGCAACCAGGCAAUCAGAGAGCAACAUGGCACUGGUCUGAUAUUCAUUCAUUGUGAGAGGAAACAAAAGGCUGCAGGCGUCACAGCAGCCAACAGUCAGACUGAGGUUCAGCUCACCUGGACCGCUCCUCAUUUACUGAACGAGUAAAAACUGGAGUUCAGUUCAUACUGAGUUACUUAGUUUUUAACUUACUCUUUUUCCAGCUUUACAGAAUUUGUAAGAAGUUAAAUGUGUUUGCUCUCAUUAUGCAAAGGACAUAAUUACACUUCUAAUUAAUCAGCUUCUUUUUGUUGCUUUCUCUCUGAAUGAGGAUGCUGAACUCCACUUCUUCAGCUGUGAUUUAUUUCAUUCUCGGAGCGUUUGUGGAUGUAGGAAGAUGGCGGUACUUGUGCUUCCUGAUAACUGCGGUAUUAUACUUGAUAAUUGUUGCAGUCAACGUCCUGCUGAUCGCGGUGAUCUGUGUGAAGCGGAGCCUACAUGAACCCAUGUUCCUGCUCCUCUGCAGCCUGUUUGUGAACGAACUGUACGGCAGCUCAGGCUUGUUUCCCUUCCUGCUGGUCCAGAUCCUCUCUGACCUUCACACGGUUUCAGCUCCGCUCUGCUUCCUGCAGAUCUUCUGUCUUUACUCUUAUGUAAAUACUGAGUUUUGUAAUUUAGCCCUCAUGUCUUAUGACCGAUACCUGGCUAUCUGCUGUCCUCUCCAGUAUCGCGCCGUAAUGACGCUUCAUAAAGUGGCAGUUGUGAUUAUUCUGACCUGGCUGUACUCCUUUGUGAAGUUUCUCAUCACUUUACUGCUGACCGUCCGUCUGACUCUGUGUGGAAACGUGUUGAACAGCACGAUUUGCCGCAACUACCUGGUUGUGAACUUGGCGUGUUCUGACACCAGCGUGAACAACAUUUACGGGCUGUUUGGUACCAUAAUCACAGUUCUGGUGCCGCUGCUGCCCAUCCUUUAUUCCUACUCACAAAUCCUGGGAGUCGUUCUGUCUGGCUCCAAACAGACGAGGCAGAAGGCCGUCAACACCUGCGUGCCUCACCUGGCUUCACUCCUCAACUUCUCCUUCGGCUGUUUGUUUGAAAGCCUUCAGAGCAGAUUCGACAUGGUCUCCAUACCCAGCGGCCUGCGGAUCAUCAUGUCGCUGUACUUUGUGAUUCUUCAGUCUCUUCUCAAUCCCAUCAUGUAUGGAAUGAACCUGACAAAAAUAAGAAACGCCUGUAAGCAGCUGCUCUUGACCUCUGACCCCGGCGUCUACGCCCGUCUUCUCCCAGAAUGCAUCUGGUCCCCCGGCAGUACGACACGGGACAGCACCUGA